AUGUCUUCGCCGCGUAUCAGCUCGACUUCUGUGAAGAAAGGCACCUGUGCCACCGCAGCCAACAAGGUUGCCGCGAGAGCUGCUACUUCCGCAAUACCACAGGGCUCCCUCAAGAUCAGCUGUUGGCUGUUAGUGCUCACUGUAAUGACUGUGGCGGUGUAUAUGAUCUUGAUACCAUCUUCGCGUAGACAGGAUAGCCCGGUGGGCACCCUGAUUGAUGUGGACGAUGACGAAGUGGGUCGCGACAGGGCCAGUGUCAACGUACGGCCGCCCGUACGUACCCCUGUGCCAGCCAUAAGAGGACGGCUGGCAUCGUCCAAGCACAUUUCCACCACCGAGGCCAUGGAAGCUGAAUCCGACAGUGAUGCCAGCGUGGCCGACAAUACAACUGAAAUGAUGAAUGCGCCCCAGAUUGUCGUUCGUAAUGAGUCACGUGGCCCCUGCACGGAGCAAGCACAGUUCGGCGUCUGCACGUACGAGAACAACCACGAAUUCUUCUUCGACAUCGAGAAGCAAGAGUGUCGUUCGAAAGCUCGGCAGCUGCCUCCCUCCUGCCUGGCUGGACAGAACCGGUUCAAGUCUUUUCGAGACUGCAGGCUCGCUUGCAUGGACCAGGUUCCAGAACAAAGGUGCCAAGUCGAACCACGGUACCGGAGCUGUGCACCAGAAGAUAUCGUGCGGCAGUGGUGGUACCUGAAGCGCGGACGAUGUCACUUAUGGAAGUUCCCGAAUUCCAACUGUGUGUCGCCAAGAUUGGCCCUGUUCGAGCGCGAGGAAGACUGCCACAACCUGUGCGUGGCGGGAAAGCCGAUUGCUCGACAUCCGUCCUGUACCGAGACCCCCGUGCAGCACGUGUGCACGGCGCUCCAUAUGGUCUACCCGGUUCUGGCCAGGCCACACCAGAAAAGACUCACCUGCAUCCAGACAGACCAUUCGGAACCGAAGUGCCUGACGGGAUCUAAUCGGUUUCGCACUGAGGAUGCCUGUCGGAAAGCAUGCCUGCAGACUUGACAGUCCUGCUACAUCUGACGUCGCUGAUGAACUUUUUGCGCGUUAAAGCAUUAGGCAUGAUAAACGAACAUUGACCGAGGAAUCUCUUUCCAUUAUCUAUAUGAAACUUUUUCGCGUUAUUACUAGUCAUAAGUUUGUAGGUACAUGUCGGGUAACUGAAGCCGGCUAUACUCGUGAAACAAUCUAAGUUAAAACGCUUUCUUGCAUGACACUGCAUAUUUCAGUUACUGUGUCAUGGUAGAGAAAAACUGCAAUAAGCAAAAGAGGAGUGCUAGUGAAAUAAGCGAGGCUGAUACAUCGAUGUACUCGGUGUAUUGGCCUAACUUCUGUUCUGCCAAGAAAACUAAAAUCUCCUGCACUUUGCA